AACAAUUAUUUUAAGCAAAAUUUACAUUAUAAAUUUACAUAUCCCAACUAUUACAUUAUUAUCUUUAUAACGCACUAUAAAUAUUUCAUUUAAUAUGAGUCAAAGGCCAUCUUCAAGAAAUGCAUGCACACGAGAACAACCAAGGACUAGAACGAAAAGUUCGGAAUCUAAUAGAUGUGGACGGCCACAGGCAACCAAGUGUAGAGUUAUUGAACCUAUCCAAGAGGAAUGCGCUAAUAAUAACGAUUCACAAAUAAUCGAAGAUCAAAGUUGUCCAUACGAGGAUCAAGAACCAAGGUAUGAUCCCAAAGAGCUUCGUGAUGCUGUUCGAAUACUUAAUCCAUUUGUUAGACUAAUUAAAGACACUAAUAAUCCGUAUGCAAGAAUAGUAGCUCGAGAGGUAUGCAAAACUUUUUAUCGUUUGUUCCACCCAAAUAUACAUCCCAUAGACGUUAUGAAAACGAUUAAUUGGAGAGCUAAGACUGUAAGAACCCAACAGUUAUGGAGUGAAUUUUGGCUCUACGUCCCUGGGGCAACAGUUGAAGAAUGGGUAUCGUUACGUGAAGUUGUUAAGAAUGACAAUCUCAUAGAUUUUAGCGACUAUUGUAAUCCAUGUCAAACGCAAACUAAAAAUUGUAACUCACAAGUUGAUGAACAAUGCCCCGCAAAUCAAUUACCCAAUAAUGAAGACUGCGUUCAACGGUGCUCAACGCCUCGCCGACAAAAUCGAUGCGCUCAGGGAACUCCUGAACAUGUAAACUUUGAAGACAUGUGUAAUUUUGUUUCACACCCAAGCUUAUACGACGUUAGUCCUCCAGUUAGUCCUCCAUGUAUGGAUUUCGAUCAUCAAGCCGCUGGUUCUGAUAAUCUACCAUGCGCACAUAAUUCUAAACCAAGAAGAAAUUCUCCAUGCUUUCAAAGUGAUGUUAACCAAAAUAAAUAUGCGUUUAAAUUGGAUUCGAAACAGCGUCGUGAGAAAAUAUCUAGGACCCAAUGUCAGUUGGAAAAACUUGAUGAAUCAACAAGUAAAAAGUGUCGUGUCGGUUUUGAAGAAACUAUGAGAAAAAUAAAAAUUAUAAAUUGCACCUCGCAAUGCAAACGCCAACCUGCAGGAAAUGACUUUCAUUUCCCGCACAGUGUACCUAGCUGUAGUAGUGGCCCGAACUGUGGUAGUGGCCCGACCUGUAGUAGUGGCCCGACAUCUGUGCCUAAGCCUAAUCCUGGAAUGGCUGGAACUGAUACUACACAACACGAAUAUUACAGAAUAACUGCAAACACACAGUCACCGCAACAAAAUCAAAAUAAUACAUGUCGUCGGUCUUUGCCAAGAACACCAGUUGAACCAGAGCUUAGAACAAAUGCUCUACAAUGUUCUGUAACUGAAAACGACGAAGAUUGUAAUGAUUCAGAUUCUGUCAACAGUGUAAAAAGUAUACAGCAGAUAGUAUGCAAAUCAAGUUUAGUUGCCAACGCAUUUACUAAUUUGUCGUUAGCGAAAAAAGACCUUCAGGCAAAAACAGACGCUUUUAAUAUGUUAACACAACAUUAUUUAAAUUUUGUAUCGAACCCAAUAGAAGCAGACCCUCCGUGUGAUAACAGUCCGACUGCCAAGAUGAUCUUGCAAGCUAUCUAUAAAAAUCCACCAAAAAUUAUUAAGCCAUUCAAUGAUUGUGAAUGGAACGAUAAUGCAUUUCACGACAAGGAUUUCAUUCGUUUACUCCCGUUUUAUGAAAGCGUACAUAACCAAUUAGAAUAUAUUUCGAAAACACAGCGAGAUUAUGGUAUAAAUAUGUUGGAUGACAUUAUGUCCACUCUGUAUCAUAUACACUACGAUCUGGGUGAUCCAAGACUCAAAAACGAUAUGCUUAUAGAACACGUCAAACUUAUUACAAGAAAUACUUGGGAAACAUAUUUUUAUAAAGAUAAAAAAAUGCCUGCUAUACCUGAUAGAUCACUAGAAAACUAUAGACCAACCCCACAACAAUCUUAUCAACCUAGUCCAGUACAACAACCGUGUCCAAGACAACCUAGUCCAGUACAAAAAUCGUGUCCAAGACAAGUUCGUCCGAAGCCGCCAAACCAGAGACCAUCAAAUGUUAGAGAACCAGUUUCAAGUAAUGCACCGAAGCCUAAUGUCAACAGAAGACCGGGGGCGACAUGUAACCAAAGAGUGACUGAUUGUCCUCAAGAAGAUUAUAAUCCUGCUGCGGAAAAUAAAAGAACUUUUCUACGCAGAAGUCGUCCAAGUGGUGCGCCAAAAGGCUGGGCUCCAAAAUUGAAACAGGCAGAUCGACCGGACACCUUGCCGGCUUUCAAAGCGAAACCGUUGCCAAAAUUUGUUCGUGAUAGGUUAAAUAAUCGAGAUGAAGCGUGUUAAAUGUUGACAAUAAAUUUUAAAAUCCAAUAGAUUCAACAUAAUAUAA